UCACAAAUCUUUAAGUAUCGGUAUUGAUUUUAAAGAUAUUUAUUUUUAUCAAACAAGCGAUAAAUAUCUUUAAAGAUGCAUCACUUUAUUACGUUACUUUUCAAUUUGUCGCUAACGCUUUAGUAUUCUUUCCCAAUAUUUAUCAGCAUGUAUUUGAAAAUCGAUAUCUUCAUAACGACACACCGCGUUACAUUUCGACAACGAUUACCAAAGGUCAACAUCGGUCCACAUUUAUAAACCCCUCGUUAUCGAUCGUCAUCGCCAGCCAAAGAAAGUUCGAUACCGCCCAUCUCCAGAUGACAGCUAUGUUGUGUUUACAUUCAGUGAAGUAAAAAAAAGUGAUAAAGUGAGCCAGAGCAUGGAUUGCAAUCCGGAAAUCACGGAAGAAGUGCUGGAGGAGGCCUCCAAUAACCAGCCGGUGGUUGUGACGCUACCGCUCGAUGUCUACAAUGAGCAGGCGGAGACAAUAAGGACAAUCCAGACAGAUGUGGCUUACAUCAAGGAGCAAUUCAAAGUGUUGUUGCAGCACGGAAUGCCUGAGGGUAACUCCACUACAUCAGUGUCAAUCGAAUCCAUAAGAGAGAUUAUGCCUCUAAACUCAACCGAGGCGUUGGUUGACUUCGAAGUGUUUCUGGAGAAAAAUAACAAUAAAAAGGCGUUUGAAAAGUUUCUGGCGUCUUUUGUGUUGGUCAAGAAGCCUCUGAGGGAAAUAACCAUGCUUCUGAUUGAGAAAGUGUUCAGCCUAUACUUGCAGACGCAAGUGAAUUAUUCAGGAGCUGGUGGCAAACACCCACUCAAAUCGUUGUGUUCAACGCAAGUAUUGAUCAAAUCGAUUGUCGAUCAUUCCCUCUUCGACACCACAGAAGACCCGGCUACACUGGCAUGUGCCGAAUUCCGAUACCAAAUGCAACAUGUAUGUGAUCGAGUUAGGACCAGUGAACGACGGCAAUCGGCAACCACAAACCGAAACCCGACGAGCCGUAAGAAACUCCGUGUUCCACUGAAGGUGGAGUUCCUCAACGUGCACGAUGACGACGAAGAAGUGGACAAAGAUGCACCCUAAGACAAUGCGA